CCCCCUCACCAGCCCCUUUCUAAACCCUCCCUCCCUCUCUCUCUAAAAUAAAAUAUCAAGAAGAAGAAUGUGCCACCACCUCAACACUUCUCCUGUCUCCUGCAAAUGCAGCUGCCUAAUCUCCAUCAAAGAUGAGCCCAACAUCUACACCCCAUUCCUCAUCCCCAAAAGCCCACCACCCAACCAGCAUGAAACCCACCUCUCCCUCGCAAUCAGAGAAGCUGUUUCCAUUGCCAGAAUUGCCCUCCCCAUGAUACUCACUGGUCUUCUUCUCUACUCCCGCUCCAUGAUCUCUAUGCUCUUUCUUGGCCGUCUCGGCGACCUUGCUUUAGCCGGCGGCUCUCUCGCUAUGGGGUUUGCCAAUAUAACCGGCUAUUCUGUUCUCUCUGGUCUGGCCAUGGGAAUGGAGCCCAUCUGCGGCCAAGCUUUUGGGGCCCAAAAACACACCCUUCUCGGCCUCACUCUGCAAAGAACUAUCAUUCUGCUUCUCUUCAUUUCCUUCCCCAUCUCUCUCCUUUGGCUCAAUAUGAAGACGAUUCUUCUCUUCUGCGGCCAAGAUUUGACAAUAGCCACCCAGGCACACUCAUUUCUCCUUUAUUCUCUUCCUGAUCUCUUAGCUCAGUCUUUUCUGCACCCAUUAAGAAUUUAUCUAAGAACGCAAUCCAUCAACUUACCUCUCACAUUCUGUGCUGUUUUCUCUAUUCUUAUGCAUAUACCCAUCAAUUAUUUUCUCGUAACACACCUUAAUUUAGGAAUUAAAGGCGUUGCUUUAAGCGGUGUAUGGACUAAUUUCAACCUUGUAGCCUCCUUAAUAAUCUACAUACUUAUCUCCGGAGUUCACAAGAAAACAUGGGGUGGUAUUUCAAUGGAAUGCUUCAAAGAAUGGAAAUUCCUGUUGAAUUUAGCGAUUCCAAGCUGUAUCUCCGUUUGUCUGGAAUGGUGGUGGUACGAAAUCAUGACUCUGCUCUGUGGGCUGUUACUCAACCCGAGAGCAACGGUGGCGUCAAUGGGGAUUUUGAUACAGACAACUUCACUCAUCUACAUAUUCCCAUCUUCUUUAAGCUUCAGUGUGUCGACGAGGGUGGGCAAUGAACUGGGUGCUAGCCAGCCCAAGAAAGCAAAACUAGCCGCCAUGGUAGGCCUGGGAUGCAGCUUCGUAGUGGGCUUUUCAGCUCUAAGUUUUACGGUUUCAGUGAGAAAAAUAUGGGCUAGCAUGUUCACUCAGGACAAAGAAAUUAUUGCCUUAACAUCACUUGUUUUGCCAAUAAUAGGAUUGUGUGAAUUAGGAAACUGCCCACAAACAACAGGUUGUGGUGUGUUAAGAGGGACAGCUAGGCCAAAAGUUGGGGCCAAUAUCAACUUGGGUUGUUUUUACCUUGUUGGUACGCCAGUGGCUAUUUGGUUAGCUUUUCUCGCAGGUUUUGAUUUUCAAGGCCUCUGGUUAGGACUCAUGGCUGCUCAGGGCUCAUGUGUUCUCACCAUGCUGCUGGUUUUGGGUUCCACAGAUUGGGAUUUUCAAGCUCGCAGAGCUAAAGAGCUCACUGGAACUCUUGUGGACGAUAAGGAACAUGCUUUUGAUGACGAAUAUAAGCCGCCACAAGCUGAUAUUAAUAAGGGCUAAAACUUGCUGAUUCUGAUCAUUACCAGUUGGGAGUUUUUCUUUAUUUCUUUUUUUUUGUCUCCUCCUUCUAGGCUCUUAAUUCUGUUCUAAUUGUACAGAAAUAGCUGGAAAAAAAGUAGCUGAAAUUAUAGCCCACAGUUAUUAAAUUUUGUACUCUUGUUCACUAGUACAAUUUUUGUGUAGAAACAUAGUUUUUGAAUAAUGUCUUAUUAGCCCACUUUUUUUUUAA